AUGCAAAGAGGUCUAUGUGAUGUUAUUCUAGCGACAAACUGGGAGGAUGAUGUUUGUCGUUUCCAGAAGAUGUUCAGACAUCCCAGUGACACAGAGCUGGUAGUUCUGGUUGGAAACCAUGACAUCGGCUUCCACUACGAAAUGGACUGGUUCAAGUUACAGCGCUUUGAGAAGGCCUUCAAUACCACCUCCACCAGAAUGGUCACCAAGAAAGGAGUGAACUUCCUAUUGGUUAACAGCGUGGCGUUGCAUGGUGACAGCUGUCCUAUCUGCCAAUCAGUGGAGAAACAGCUGUACACACUGUCCAGGAACCUCAACUGUUCAUUACUACAGUCCAGCAUUAUUAAAGAAUUCUGUCGAGACACAUGGACCUAUCCUCCAACACCACCCAUUAUCCUGCAGCAUUACCCUCUGUACCGGGUGAGUGAUGCGGGCUGUACGGGUCGGGAUGCUGCUCCUCCUGAAGAGCGCCACCUGCUGUUCAGAGAGAAGUAUGACGUGCUGUCUCAGGAGGCCUCUCACAGGCUGUUGCAAUGGUUUAAGCCCCGCCUGGUUCUCAGUGGCCACACCCACAGCGGCUGUCAGGUUCUCCAUGACAACCGGUACACAGAGAUCAGUGUUCCGUCCUUCAACUGGAGGAACCGCAACAACCCCAGUUUCAUCCUGGGUUCUUUCUCUCCAAGCGGUUACGGCCUGUCGAAGUGUUUCCUUCCAGAGGAGAGUACGGUGAUAGCUCUGUACUGUUCUACCGGAGCCAGCCUCCUCCUCCUCCCUCUGGUCCACUGCCUGUGGAUAAGAGGUCUUCUCCGGUGCCUCAACUUCUGUCCCAUCAGCAAACACAAGUCUCUCUGAUCGUCUCAGGUAGAGGUUGUCCCUGACUGCUGAAUGAUACGGGGUCAGAUACUGG